UAACCUCUUCGUGUUGGUACUUGGUUCUAAAGGCUGCAGCUCCUGCUCAAUUAAAAUCCAUCCUCUCGGCCCUCACUAUAAAUUCUGUCAUCAAUUCCAUACCUUUCCACAACCAAGCAUUACCAUGGGUCACGAAGACGAUCCGUAUCGUGACGAGGACGGAGAGCUGUUAAUGGACUACGACGAAGUGCAAUCAGAUGGCGGAGGACAAUCACCGGAACCACACCAGAAUGAUAUCUUAGACGAAUUAGAGGAUGAUAUUGACAAUUGGGAGAGAGAGAGGUCACAAACUCCGGUAUACGAUACAGAUAAAGUAGGAAAACCUAGAAAAAGAUUGGUUAAAAAAGGCGGCGAUUCAGGGAGAGAGAGUGGUAGCAGUAGUUAUGUGCCGCCGGCGUUUGUUGAUGACGAGGAGGAGGAUUACGGGGGGUUUGAGAGGGAAGGAUCGGUUGGAGAUGGGAACUAUACCAAGAAAUUUGCGAAGGACAAGGAGAGGAAAAAGUUCAGUAAGGGGGAAAAGAAGUUUGGAGGGAAAGGAGGAAGUGAAUCGAAAUUGGGGCUGAAAAAAGGAAUGCCGACGAAGUUGGUGUCUGGAAAGGAUGACGGAGAAGUUAAAGAGAUGUGGGAUACUAUUGCUGGUGGCGAUUCCGAGGAUGAUCAAGAGGGUGCUAGGACUGUAGAUGAUGACAACUUCAUAGAUGACAGUGGUGUGGAUCCUGCUUAUGGGUAUGGAAUUGACAAUGAACCACACUCUCCUACUGAUGCUCCUCAGGCAGAGGAAGGUGAAGAGGAUGAGGAAAUCAAGGAUAUGUUCAAGAUGGGUAAGAAAAGGAAGAAGAAUGAGAAAAGUCCUGCAGAGAUUGCACUAUUAGUUGAGAAUGUCAUGGCUGAGCUUGAGGUCACUGCUGAAGAAGAUGCAGACCUUAAUAGACAGGGGAAGCCUGCUGUUAAUAAACUCAAGAAGUUGCCUCUUCUUACCGAGGUUCUCUCAAAGAAGCAGCUCCAACAAGAGUUUAUAGAUCAUGGAGUACUAACAUUGUUAAAAAAUUGGCUAGAACCCCUUCCAGAUGGAAGUUUACCCAAUAUAAAUAUCCGUGCUGCAAUGUUGAAGAUUUUGACUGAUUUUCCAAUUGAUCUGGAGCAGUAUGAUAGAAGAGAACAAUUGAAAAAAAGUGGUCUUGGAAAGGUUAUUAUGUUUUUAUCAAAAUCUGAUGAGGAAACCACAUCCAACAGAAAACUUGCUAAGGACUUGGUUGAUAAAUGGAGUCGGCCAAUAUUUAAUAAGAGUACAAGGUUUGAGGACAUGAGAAAUGUUGAAGAUGAUCGGGCCUUCAGAAGGCCAACGGUGAGAAGGCCAUCGAAUAAUUCUGCUGGAAUGGCAUCAAGGGAUGGAGAUCUUGAUUUGGAUAUUUCACGGGAACGGAAGUCUAGUCAGUCAUCAGACAGACAGCAUGCAUCCAGGCCAGAAGCAACACCAUUGGAUUUUUUGGUGCGUCCCCAAUCUAAGAUUGAUCCUGAAGAAGUUAGGGCCCGUGCUAAACAAGUAGUUCAAGAUCAGCGUCGUCUAAAGAUGAAUAAAAAGUUGCAGCAGCUAAAGGGACCGAAAAAGAAGCAAUUGCAAGCUACGAAGCUUAGCGUGGAAGGUCGCGGUAUGCUCAAAUAUCUGUGAUAUUGCCGGUUUCUGGAAUCCAUUGGCAAGAACGAACAUUAUUAUAUAAGAAAAAUAACGUGUAUUGUUAUUGCAUGGGGCAUGGGCUGGUCGUUGGCUGGAAGUAACCGGCCUACAAGUGAAGGGCCAUCUGGUUCUUAUGCUUCAAUCGGUGACAUUGUUCGGGAAAAUGUAAAGCCCAUUUCAACUAGAUAUUGGAAUCCCGAUUGGCUUAAUAUCUGUUAAAUUAAGCCUACCCCGAAUUGACGUGUUAACAUCAGUGCAAGUUGUUAAAUGUGAGGAACAAAAAUAUUCUCAUUUGUGAAGGACUUUUCGUUGA